GUUAUAGUAAACGCUGUUGUUUUUUUCCUCUAUUCUCUUUCUCUCUUUACUUUUCUUCUUUGUGUACCAAAAAAAUAAAAAUAAAAAUGAACAGAGAGCAUUGAACAAACACUCUAUCAAAAAGCCAUAGCUAUGGAGUUUCAGGACCACUUUUCUCAAGAAAUGGUUCUUCAUCAACAACAGCAGCAGCAGCAGCAGCAGCAGCAACAAAACGCGGUAUUGCGUUCCAUGUUACCUGAAUCUCCUCAUCACGACGCUCGAAAAUCACCUCCGACUUGGCUAAAUACUUCUCUCCUUCGUCAACAACACAGUCAGUUUGGUAACGCAUCCUCACCUUCCUCAGCUGCAGCUGCAGCUGCCGUAGCCGGAGGGAAUAAUUUCCUUCAUCUCCAGACAUCUAACUCCGACUCGUCAAACUCUAACCAGUGGCUCUCACCUACUGCGGCGGCUGGAGGUGGAGGUAACGCCGGUGGAGGUGGGCAUAAUGAUGAGUUAUCAGAGUCGAUGAAUUUUGCGAAGAAGAUGAGUCAACAGCAUAGUGGAGGAGGAGAAGAAAACAAUAAUAAUAAUAAUAAUAAUAAUAAUGAAGAGGAGAACUCAUGGGAGAGAGAGAAAUGUAAAGCGGAUAUAUUGAAUCAUCCUUUAUACGAUCAGCUACUGUCGGCACACGUUUCAUGCCUGAGAAUUGCGACGCCGGUGGAUCAAUUACCGAGGAUUGACGCUCAGCUAGCUCAAUCGCAAAACGUGGUAGCCAAAUACUCUGUACUUGGACAAGGUCAACCGCCUCUAGAUGAUAAAGACCUCGAUCAAUUUAUGACACAUUAUGUUCUGUUGCUCUCUUCCUUUAAAGAACAACUGCAACAACAUGUCCGCGUCCAUGCAAUGGAAGCUGUCAUGGCUUGCUGGGAGCUCGAACAAUCUCUACAAAGCUUAACAGGGGUAGCACCAGGUGAAGGUACAGGAGCAACCAUGUCUGAUGAUGAUGAUGACCAGGCUGAUAGUGACACAAACUUUUUGGAUGGAGGUUUUGAUGGACCAGAUAGCAUGGGAUUUGGUCCUCUUGUACCUACCGAAAGUGAAAGAUCCCUGAUGGAGCGUGUUAGGCAAGAACUCAAGCAUGAACUCAAACAGGGUUACAAGGAAAAAAUUGUUGACAUUAGAGAGGAAAUUUUACGCAAAAGAAGAGCAGGAAAACUGCCUGGUGAUACUACAUCUGUGUUGAAAGCUUGGUGGCAAUCACAUUCUAAGUGGCCUUAUCCAACUGAGGAAGACAAAGCACGAUUAGUGCAAGAAACAGGUUUGCAACUGAAGCAGAUAAACAAUUGGUUUAUUAACCAAAGGAAAAGGAACUGGCACAGCAAUCCAUCAACAUCUUCUUCUCAGAAAAGCAAACGCAAGAGUGCAGGUGAAACUAAGCAGUAAAAAAAGACAUGAUGAAGAAGAAAAUGAAAUUUUUGUGUUCUAGCAAAGCAUAAAGAUUCAUCACAAAACAAAAACAUGAAUGGCUAGAAUUUGGGAAAUUGAAUUAAUGAGUUUUUGGCUGUGUGAAAUAAUUGACCACAGAAAGUUCCCAAGCUGACCUGGUUGACUAAGAUAUGCUUUAGAAAAAAAGAGAGUAUAGAUACUUGUGAAAGUAAUACUAGCACUUUCUUAUUUUUAUGAGGUUAAUUUUCUAUGUUUUAAGCCAAAUAUUUUAGGACAACAGGUUUCAGUUUUUAUAAUUUUGUUUUGUAUCAAGUAUUUUGGUGGAUAUGUUGUAAUUUUGAAUUCUAGUGUUACUCAUUUUUGUGAAUAGAAGUUGUAGAUUAUAAUUACUUACUUCCA